UAUCUCAAUUUAAAUCGCUUACAAGCAAUUUCAAUCUGAGCCUACUGGUCCCCCCCCCCCUCCCAGUCCUAGCCUCUUCCAGUCUCAAUAAGCAGAUACUUAGAGCUAAUCCCCCAAUAUUGAUCCUUUGCACCGGCGUCACUUCCAAAUCACAUUGUCCGUGCUCUGCAAAAUGUAGGUUUUUAACUGGUAAUUUUAACUAGAAUUUAUAUGAGCGGUAAAGUCUCAAUGUUUUUCUGUGAGUUAAUAUUCGCCUCACCAUGGAAUAUUGGCGUAAUUCCAUCCCAGUAUUUCCGAUAGGAUUCCAUGUUUCAAUAUAUUUCUCUACGACAUCUUGGCCCUUUCUGUUGACAAGCAGGUUGAGUCGAUGAGCAUGACGUCACAUGAACCUUCCUACAGGGGUACCUCUCUGAUACAUGUCUAAUCGCCGUCCGGAAGCUCUUUGAAAUAUUAUUUCCUCUCUUGAAUGACCCCCUUUGUCGGUUUAAUUGUUGGAUUGACAGAAAUACCUAACGAAUGCUUCGUAGUAAGAAAAUGUUCUCCUUAUUAAUUUUCAACCUCCAAGACGAAACCUUUUUUAUCGACUGUCGCACAUCUACAGUAGGCCAUACUUACAAUUCUAUGGAAAAAAUUCUGCCAAUACAUUUUUCUUACAGCAAAACGACUUCUCUGCUUUCUUUGUAUUUGCCCUGCAGCAUGCUAUGAAUUAGUGAUUAUUUUGGGUUUACGUAUUCUGCCUUCGGGAUACAUGUACUGUAUCAAUCUGUUCAGCUGAAUAGUUAGAUGAAAAUUUAUCAGCAUUAUAGGGCACGGCGAGGAUGUCUGUCGCACGGGUAUAUGUACCCGUGUGUGUUCAGUGUUAUUUCUGUAUCUUAGUAGCGUGACUGCAGUUCAUUAUGUCUAACUACUUUACAUGACCUCAAGUUACUUUACCUCUGGAUUGGAAACUACAUGGCAUUUUAUGAUGUAAGGUAUCACUGAUGUUUUUGGAUAAACAGGGUCCUUCAAUUCCAUCAAAAUGAGAGCACAUAUUACCUCGUCCAAUGAUAAAGCAACAAUUUAACUUCUUGCGAUUUUUUCUUUUUUUAUUUUUACCAAUAACUUAAGAAAGCCAAACAGCUAAAUGACUAAGCAGCCCCCAUCUGCCAUUUUAGUAACCAUAGGUAUUAUGUAUGCAUAUUAAAUCAUCCACCAACUUCGCCAGCGCCCCCUAAUGAUCCCCGCGUUGUUUCUGCGGUGACACGAAGUCCCACUUUCAAUGCAUUACACGCACUGCGUCACUGCAGGCAAGGACUCAUCUCCAGCUUCGCAAUAGCACAGCCGAAUUCCUCCAGGGACGGAACGUCUUCAACAUAGGUGAGAGAACGACAGCUAGACACCUGUGAACUUGAGGACAGAGCAGUCGAGACUUGAACAAGACCAAAAUGGGUUGCAUCUCCAGUUCAUCUGGCAAGGCCGAACUCAAUACGGAAGCAACAGAGAAACAAACAAAAGAUGAUGCAGCUGCUAAAGACAAACCCAUCGUUUUGGUCAUCGGCGCCAGUGGUAAUGUUGGAAGCGCCACCCUGCAAGCCUUGUCAGACAACUACAGUGACAAAGUGGAUAUUCGAGCGGGAGUUCGAGAUCCUUCUAAAGCUGAAAAGUUGACAGCCAUCAAAGGCGUCACUGUCGUGAAGGCAGAAAUGGGGGCAGAAGACCUGGAGGAGGUGUUAAAGGGAGUCGACGCUCUCUUCAUUGUUACCCCCGGUUCUGAAGAUCGCGCACAGAAGGCGGUUGCAACUGCAGAAGCGGCCAAAAAAGCUCAGGUGAAACAUCUCCUAGUGGUCAGUGUCUUGACGGCUGAUAAAACCGAUACUAUUUUUGGCAAGCAAUUUUCAGAAAUAGAAUCAACCAUUGCGAAAAUGGACGUCCCAUUCAGUUUCUUGCGAUUGCCGAUGUUUGUCGAUAAUUAUUUCCUGUUCAAAGAGUCCAUAAAAGAUCAGGGUGCGAUCUAUUCGCCAGCGGACCCCGCUCAGUCGUACACACCAGUGGUAGUGAAAGAUGUGGGUCUGGCUGCAGCGGUAAUUUUGUCUGAUCCCAAAGACCAUGCCGGGAAAACAUAUACCCUUUGUGGUGAUAAGCACUCGUUCUCCGACGUAGCAACCGCUUUUGGAGAAGCCUUGGGAAAGGAAGUUACGUACUCGCAGGUACCAUACGAGGACGCCAAGACGGCAUUUCUGGAAAAGGGUUUCCCUGAAUGGCAGGUAGACGGACUCCUGGAACUGUACAAGACGAUAGAUGACGGCACACAUACAGGUGACCCAGAUCAGUUGAAGGAGGUUACUGGAAAAGAACCUACAACACUGAAUGACUGGGUUAAAAGCGUGGCCGAGAACUUCAAAUAGAUUUAGUCAUUUUAAAGUACAUUUUAUUAUGAGCGACCUGAGUGUGAAAUUGAUUAGCAAGCAUAUUUUUAUAUGAUGCCAAUUCGAUUACAUUAGUGUUAAGUUAUCACAAAAAAACACGUCAAGACGGUACUGAAAUAUUAUUGCGACUUUUUGUAUAGACUACAUGUAUAAUGAUAGCAUUACUAAAUCUUAAUCUUAAUCCUAAGCCAAGAUGUUGUAACAAGCACUGAUAUUGGUUAUAAUUAAAAAAGGCCAAUUUCAUGCACUAUAUGCGUAUUUUCAUAUUAGUUGAUGCAAUUUUAAUGCUAAUAAUAAUAACAAUAAUGAAGCAAACUGCAUAAUGCUAUUUGGUUAACUUGGUGAAAAAAGGCCAGACUUAUCGAGUUUUUACUUCAGGANAAAAAGGUUCAGUGACAUGCUACUGGUUGACAAAAUUAAUUCCACAUGUACCAAAUUUUUCCCGACCCCCUGAAAAAACUGUAAAGGCACAAACUUAUCUGCAGCCCAACCUUUCGGAAAAUGAACUGUCCAACCUAUUUCUAUUUUGUGCCAGUUCCAGGCAAUAAAAGAGAACGGGUUUCGAUGGGUGAUGCUUUAUUUCUUCAUCGGGAGAGUUGUUCGUAGGUUCUGUGAACUAAGCGUACCUGGGCCCGUAACUCGAAAGCACC